GAUGCAGUUGUGACCAGUGUGAACGUGCAUGGCUGCAAUUGUCGUAAGUAACGCCAUUCAGUGUGCAAGACAACUUUGUCGAUGACGCGGAUGAGGUGGUAACAGGAUGCCGAGGAGAAGUGGAAUGGAAUGAAGAAAAUGUUAGCAACAAGGAGACAAUAACUUCUUCUAAAAAGUCAUAAUUUUAAGCCAAAAAGUUCUGUGAAGUGGGUAACAGAGGCGGACUGCAAAAAAGGUUUCACUAGCCACCACACUUUCUACUGUAAUUCGGUGAAUUUAUAUGGUUCAUGCGGAUAAUCGCUAACUCAUAGGAACAGCAACCAUAAGGUCAGUAGGAAGUAAUAGGCACCAAAUGAUACGCUGAAAGACCGGAACAGCCACCGAUCAACCACUACGCAGUUGCUAACUCACCACACCAAUCAAGGCCACCGUACAAAAGCGACUUCAAAUACCGCGACCUUUCCAAACAGCCCCCGAAGGAAACCUUCCGAACAAUGGUGAAACUCUAUGCGCUCAGUGUGUUUUACAAGGCACCGUCCGAGGCCCGACUGCUCAAGUCGGCGUACGAGCUGCAAAGCUUCUCGUUUUUCCAACGUGGCUCGGUACAGGAGUUUAUCAGCUUUGCCAGCAAAACCCUGGUGGAGCGGACGCAGCCAGCGACACGCCAGUCCGUGAAACAGGACGUCUACCUGUGCCACGUGUACGUUAGGGCGGAUAAUCUUGGAGCCGUGCUAAUCGCGGAUCAUGAGUACCCGCAGCGUGUCGCCCAUACGCUCCUGACGAAGGUGCUGGAUGAAUUCGCGCUAAAGGUCACUACCGACCAGUGGGCGGUGGCGACGAGUGAGGCGGCCAUCGCGUUCGGCACGCUGCCUGCGACGUUGGCCAAGUAUCAGGAUCCGCGCGAAGCGGAUGCCCUCACCAAGAUGCAGGAGGAUCUAGACGAGACGAAGAUCAUCCUGCGAAACACGAUCGAGGCGGUGCUCGACAGGGGUGAAAAGCUCGAUGAUUUGGUGGACAAAUCAGAAUCCCUGUCGUUACAGAGCAAGGCGUUCUACAAGACCGCCAAGAAGACGAAUUCGUGCUGCAACUUUGCAUAAGCACCUAGCCGCGCAGCCGAGCUGAGCAAAUGCAUUGCGGGGAAAGUGCAGAAGAGUAACCCAACUAUCCACAAGAGUUGCACAGGCUAGCCUGGCAAGCCCACCUUUCUCGUUCCGACGCCCCACCACACAGCAGAUUCGGCCAAUGCUAGUAACUGGUCAAAAGGAGAAAAAUGCAAAUAUUGCCUGAUGAUGGCUAGAGGAGGGUGUAACGAUAUUCACUCUUCCUUGCAACAGCAAGCAUAAUUCCAGGCAUACUAUAUUUAAAAUUUAUCUAUAUUUUUAUAUGUUAUUUACACAUGUUUCAAGCGAUGCCCCAAGGGACACGCUGCUCCAAUCACAUCCAUUUCGUUCCAUUCGAUCUUUUUAUUACGUUUUUGCGCCACAUUAAUUUCUGGUUCCACUUUUGGACGGUCAAUAUUGUGUUUGAACACCGCUUGUUGAGAAUUCGAUCGUACGGAUCAGUUUUAAAAACCACAAGAGUAUGUACUAUUUCCAUUGCAACACAUAUAGCUGCAGUCACCAACAACGUUACUUUUAAGAAGCAGUCCUAUCAAGUUAGAUACAAGCUAUUUGUUCAAUAAUCAUACGUAUAGCAAAAAAAUAUUACAUAACCAGCACCGGUGCUUUUGAAAGCCAGCCAGGAAGCUACUGGUGUGUUACUAGUUGUCAGAGGUCGCCAAUUGUUGUGCAGCGUAAAGUGCUUUUAUCAACAAUGUUGGGUUCUCAGGCUAAAAAUGCGUGGCCUAUUUGUUCUUGUGAUGUUAGUUGUUUCAGGGUGAAAUAAUUAAUUGACAUGGCUAUCGAUGUUGCUGGUUCACUUGGUUCUAGGCUAGACCGGUGGCUUAUAAAAGCAAAUUGUGUUCGUAUUAGGUGGAGGCAUCCAAUUUUUAUUAACGAAUUGGUAGGAUAAAACGAGGAAUAGUCAAUCAUGUGUGCUCUUCUCUCCCUUUUUUAAUGUGUUUAAACUUUAGCAAGGUAUGGAUUUUAUUCGAACAGAAAGUAAUGAUA